AUGCAUUUUACAUCGUACAAACUAUACGCUGCAAUGGCGUUUGAAACAACCACCAUGGGCACGCUGGGCGUGCUAGCAAAAGAGUUUCUGGCGUUUGGGGAAAAGACCUGGGGUCGUCUUUUUCGACGGCUGGCUAUCCUAUCUAUGCUCCUGUCGACCUUUUACGUCUUGGCGUUUCCCACGUUGAUGGCGGCCAUGACGGGUUAUAUUACUACGUACGAACCGUAUGUGCAAAGCUACGACUACAACCUUAUCGAGUGGUAUAAGGUUAGGUGCGUGCGUUACAUCGUUCAUGACGCGGGUCGGCUCAGUGAGCUCGGCUACAGUGACGGCCUGAUCAUCACUGAAUACGAUUUUGACCUCAAGGACGCUGUUGAUCUCUACAUGCAACAAUUCGAUAAUCGUACCGGCGAAGUGUCGAGAUUGCUAGAAAACGGACCUGGCCUUUCGGAGCUCAGCAAUAUCAGUAUGUACUCGGAAUUCGUGGUAAACAGCACAUCAGGCCCUACCACAGUGCGUCUCGAUGCCCCCAGCCUCAACAUCACGACUUUCCAGCAACAUUGGCGAUUCAAGCUUCCCCCGCCAUCAACACGGAAUCAGUUUGCGUUUGCUCUGGAAGACCUCCCCACAGACAUUUACAAUACGUCGUACCUGCUAGAGCAUGGCUUGUGCAAACCCAGCGAGACAUACCAGUGGGGCUUCUCCUACAUCUUUCUUUUCAUGGUUUCCAUAUUCAACUUCCUCUGGGCGUGCAUCAUGGCUGGGAUGUGGCUUGAUACGCGGCGCGGCUCGAGGAUGUACAGGAGUGGACGAAGACCAGGGCUGCUGCGCAGCAUCCUGGACUACUCGGCUGCUAUUAGACAAGAGCUUGGUCCCGAGGCAGAAUAUCUAGGCGAAGCCGAGCUGCGGAAGCGCUUAAGGCGGAGUGGAGGCGCGUUGAUGGUACCGAGCGAUGAGCUGAGAAUUUCGCGGGUGGAUACGGGCGAAGGCAAACUGAGGGAGAGGAGUUGGCGGAGGAAGUUAACGGGGGGAAGCACGUUCUAA